GAGGCUCGUAAGUAUAUUUUAUCUCGAGCUGCGUAUACUGCUGUUGCCUUACUGCCUCGUCCAAUUGUCUCGGGGCCGAGUCACCGCCGCCGCAGCCGAGAACCGCGAGGGAGUUUCGUUGCAUCUUCAUCAGUCGCUCGUUCGACAUCGUCCAGUCAAAAUGUAUCCGAAAAAGUGCACCGCUACCUACUCGCUCGCCCUAAUUGCCGUAUUGUUCGUCAAUUCAGUGAACAGUUUGAGAUGUUACACCUGCUCGUCGGUCAACACCGGCGAAUGCUACACGAACCCGGCCCAGGACAAAUUCAUCACCGACUGCAAUCCGAGCUCGCUGCGAUCGGCCUCGAACGCCUACCUCAACAGCACCUCGGCCAGGGCCAUCUUCUCCGAUAGCUCGAUGAGGGCUCUGGCAGAUUCCGUCGACGACAGGUGGGAGUGCGCCAAAAUCGUCGCAACGUCCAUGGGUGUAACGACGGUCUUGCGGACGUGCGUCACGAGCCAAGUGCCCUGCCACGACGUGCCGAAUCUCGUCUCCUGCGACCGCUGCAACAAGGAGCUGUGCAACUCGGCGGAGAGCGCGAGCCUCGCCACGGGAAUGCUCGCCGUUCUCGGCGCGCUCGGCGUCUACCGCGCGACCAUGUGAACAAGAUCUUACCCAUUAUUAUCGUAUACGCUAUUUUACUGCGAAAAAAUUAGCAGUUCGGUCGUAUCGUUAUUAUUAUGAUUAUUAUCAUUGUGUACUGCCCCGAAAUUUUUAAAAUCAACACUUUUUUUUCGGUCUCGUAGUUGUACUUUUUUUUUAGCGUAGAGGAUAGAAGAAGAAGAAGAAGAAUGAAAAAUACCCGUCCACUAAACUUUUAGUAACAUGCAUUGAUUGCGCACAUAUAUAUAAAUGUAGCGUGUGCCUGUAACUCGCUGCUGUUGCUGCAAUCGGCGGUGACACAUCGCAUUUGGAAAAAUUUCUUAUCUCUCAUUUUUUUAUGUAUAUUUUAGUGUCAUGUUUGCAGAAUAAAAAAAAAAUUUG